UCUGCUUUCUUAGUCUAAACAACUGAUUCGGAACACUUGUAUUGCACGUUCAGAGUAUUUUGACAGUUAUAUCUUUCAAGAAAUGUUAACCAUGCGAAACAUGGAGUUCACCUAGAAAAAAUCUGACUUAGGGUGAAUUCUGACGUGUUUAGGAAAAAUGGGAUUUGGUUUUCGGUUGCUGAGAUGCAGAAACGGUUAUCAAUGGAAGGAUUCGAGGCAGCGACAACCAAGAAAUCUCUACAUGAGCGUGCUCACUAUAUGUAUCGCCGUCAUUACUGUGCAUACUAAAUAUGUUAAUGAAACGUUACCCUUCGACCAAAAAGACUGUGGAGAAAUAGAACAAAACUCUCCUACACAAGAACUACAGUUUGAAUUCUCGUCCAAAGUCAUCAACAAUGAAUAUAUUGUUGCAUACAAUGGCUACCACACGUCAGCAGCCAGGGCAAGCUUCAUUGCAGCUGCCCUCAAACGUUUUAGUUCAGGCUGGAAAAUUGUUGAUCGGAACAACUUAGCUGCUGACUAUCCAAGUGAUUUUGAUUUAAUAAGGAUUCCAGAACAGAUUGAAAAUGAUGGUUUGUCUGCUCUGAGAAAUCAUCCUCUGAUUAAACGAGUGACUCCACAACGCCAAGUGUUCAGGACACUGAAGUAUACAAAUGAAUCUUACUCUGACGAAUCCAAAGAGUUUCGCCGAUUUACUGGCCGUUCCAGUUUAUCUUUGGGCAACACCUUCUGGCAUUCUACGGGUCGAUAUUCAAGUCGCCGUCUCUUAAGAGCUAUUCCAAGGCAAAUUACUUCAGUAUUGCAGGCUGAUGCGCUUUGGAACAUGGGUUUUACUGGGGCUGGUGUGAAAGUAGCCGUCUUUGAUACCGGACUAGCUAAGAGUCACCCGCAUUUCCGAAAAAUUCGCGAGCGUAGCAACUGGACUAAUGAGAAAACAUUCGAAGAUGGCUUAGGUCAUGGAACGUUCGUUGCUGGACUCAUUGCGUCAAGUAAGCAGUGCCUGGGUUUUGCACCGGAUUCAGAGUUGCAUAUCUUUCGCGUUUUUACAAACAAUCAAGUUUCCUAUACUUCUUGGUUUUUGGAUGCCUUCAACUAUGCGAUCUUGAAGAAAAUUGAUGUUCUGAAUCUAAGCAUCGGUGGUCCGGAUUUUAUGGAUCAACCAUUUAUAGAUAAAGUUUGGGAAUUAACUGCAAAUAAUGUCAUUAUGGUAUCGGCGAUUGGCAAUGAUGGGCCGCUCUACGGAACACUAAAUAACCCAGCUGAUCAAAUGGAUGUGAUAGGGGUCGGUGGCAUCAACUUUGAGGAUCAGAUAGCCCGUUUUUCAUCUAGAGGCAUGACUACUUGGGAACUACCCGGAGGAUAUGGAAGAGUAAAACCGGACAUCGUAACUUAUGGUUCUGCUGUCCGCGGAUCUUCUAUUCAGGGAGGAUGCCGCUCUUUAUCUGGAACAAGUGUCGCUUCUCCAGUUGUUGCUGGGGCCAUCACCCUUCUAGCUAGUGGAGUGAUUCAAUCCGGAGGUAUAGUAAAUCCUGCAAGUGUGAAACAAUCUUUGAUGGCUUCAGCACGACGCCUUCCUGGCGUUAAUAUGUUCGAACAAGGGCAUGGCAAACUGGAUCUAGUUCGAGCUUAUCAUUUACUUUCGAAUUAUCGUCCGCAUGUCUCUCUCAGUCCCAGUUAUAUUGAUCUGACGGAAUGCCAGUAUAUGUGGCCCUAUUGUACACAACCAGCCUAUCAUGGAGGAAUGCCUAUUAUAGUUAAUGUAACAAUUUUAAAUGGUAUGGGCGUAGCCGGCCGGAUAAUCGAUAAACCGACAUGGCAUCCCUACACACCUCAGUAUGGUGAAUACCUUAAUCUUGCAUUGACUUAUUCGGAUUUGCUGUGGCCAUGGUCAGGCUAUUUGGCCGUUUCGAUAACUGUUUCCGGGGAAGCUGCACAGUGGGAAGGCUUGGCCCAGGGUCACGUAACUUUCACAGUCGAAUCACCCCCUGGUGAGGGUGAAGAUGAGCCUAGACGCUCUACUGUUAACUUACCAAUCAAAGUUAGAGUGGUCGCAACACCUCCUAGAGCCAAGCGGAUUCUAUGGGAUCAAUUUCACAACCUUCGUUACCCGCCUGGCUACUUUCCACGUGAUAAUCUGCGCAUGAAAAACGACCCGCUCGAUUGGAACGGCGACCACAUUCACACUAAUUUCAAGGACAUGUACCAACACUUGAGAUCCAGCGGUUAUUACGUUGAAGUUCUUGGGUGGCCGUUUACAUGCUUUGACGCCCGAAAUUAUGGCGCCCUUUUAAUUGUUGAUCCCGAAGAAGAAUUUUUUCCGGAAGAAACAUUAAAACUAAGAAAAGAUGUCGAAGAGCUUGGUCUUUCACUGAUUGUCAUGGCCGAUUGGUAUAAUACCACAGUAAUGAAAAAAGUAAAAUUUUACGAUGAAAACACGAGGCAGUGGUGGAUGCCGGAUACGGGAGGAGCUAACAUCCCGGCCUUGAACGAUCUUUUGACUUAUUGGGGAAUACUUCUUGGUGACCGCAUCUGGGAAGGAGAUUUCACGCUAGGGGGACAUAACAUGUACUUCGCUUCGGGUACGACACUUACAAAAUUCCCUGCCGACGGUGUCAAAGUGUGGCGUACACUGAAAGAUCAAGGUCAAGAAGUUUUAGAAGGCGAAUCUACCGGCGGCGGGGAACUGGUAGCCUUAAUGGGAUUUUACCAAACUCAGAGCUCCAAUGAAUUUGCGACUUCACAUGAAGCACUUAUUCGCAAUUCCAUAAGUCAAGAAGACGACAUAACUCUGCGGCCCACUCUUGCGUCUUCUGGAAGAAUCGUUGUUUAUGGAGAUUCAAAUUGCGCGGACAACAGCCACAUGCAGAAAGAUUGCUUCUGGAUGUUGGAUGCGGUUUUGGACUAUGCAGUUACUGGCGGUGAAGUACCGUUGGCAUUCCAGGAAAAUCCAGACGGUUUCGAUUCGGAAUUGUCAAAUGGAGGACUUCCUCCCAGACGAAUGGAAGGCAAUCAGCUUCAUAGAUAUUCGAAAGUGUUGGAAUCAUCGGGCCAACUAGACGCUGCGCAGCCACAGGCUCGGCCUCUUCCAACAUGCCCGCAACUGGUGUUUUCGCCUCCUGUCCCGUUGAAUAAAUCAGCCCCCACGAACCUCUAUCAGUCUCAGAAACUGCUUUCUGUCAGCAUCGAUUCUUCUUUACCCAUGCUACCGGUCCAGGAUAGACUACUUCACAAUCCUUUCCAAGCAUUGUCAUCCUUAGAUGUUGAGCAGAUAACGGAUGAUCUGCCUAGUGGCUAUCGCUCGCAUAGCGAUUGGCCUUCCUCUACCAAAGCAGCCCUCGCCUUGAUGACAAUGGCAGCCCUCGUUCUUUUUUACCAAUUCUAUCGCAAUCGAAACCGACCACGUCGUACGAGAAAAUCCCCUAGAUUUAAACGUGCCGGAGUUUCUUCACCAAAUCUUUCACCUACCAUCAAAGCGCCAAGUGUCUAACGUGUAAGUUUAAUCUUUUGUUUGUUUGUUUUUUAAAUCAAAUGGAUUUUGGGACUGAGCUUUUUAAAAAUGGAAGACGAAAGCCGGGUAUCGCAGACUAGGCCUCCCGUUAAAUCUAUUUGUGUUUGUUUUUAUCGAAAAUGUUCUAUCGCUGUUUCAGUGUAAGAAGCGAAUGCGUCCUCCGCUUGCGCUUUUUCCGAAUAAGCCUUUACAAUGUUCACCGAAUUCGUAUGUAUGUUCUGUCAAUGAAUUGUUUUUUGAAUCACAGCUCAGAUAGGGCAAUGAAAUUUUCUGCUUGCGGUAUGAAGAGCGAGGUUGCAAAUAAAUCACGGACAAAUCCGA